CCUCUCUCCAUCUCUCCCUCUGUGCCUGGAAGGACGUGUGCGGAUUGAGCAGAGUCGUAGCGUCUCUUGGAACUGAUCCAACCAUCCCAUCGGAGGCGGUCGGUGUGUGCCCCCCCGCCGCCACUUGAGGCUUCCUAACGGUGCGCGGUGGAGAAACCAGACGGCCGUCCCCACUCUGCGCCGUCGACCGGCAGAAAACAGCGUGCCAGUUGGAUCUGCGCUCUGCUGCUGCUGCUUCUGCGUCGCACCUCUCGCAGUGAGAAGACUCGCUCUGCCAACGUGCGUCCCCAGCAUCACAAACUUGGAUCACUGCCUCUUUUCGCGUAAAGACUCAUCUCCAGCUCUGAAAAUCUCCGUCACUGCUGACUAACAAUGUGUUGACAGAUGGUGUGACACCACAUGGCGACUUCGUAACCCCUAACUAGCUUUUACUAAACUAUUACACGUCAACUUUUCCUUUGUGGAUAAAGCGUUGCUCGGUCUUUGUGGAAGUGCGUCGGACAUAGCUGGAGUGUGCACACUUUUAAUUUAUCAUAGUGGGAGCAUGGGAUUUUAAACUACAGCAUGUGGAGUCAUUCCUAAGGACCCCAUCGCUGCUCUCCGUGGGUGUAUGGAGAAGGGCAGCCCGAGAAUGACAGGCGGAACCCGGGAGGCGCCAGUAAACAUCUCUCCGGCGGUGGCGGCCAACGCAGAGGGCGAGGAGAUCGAGGUUUUGGAAAGUACCGAAGUCAUUCCAGUGGCUCCAGAAGAACAAUGGAAGUCUUUGUUUGACAAGUAUGACCCAGAGAACUCAGGCUUCAUCAGUACAGAGCGGUUCAGGGACCUGCUGGCGACACAUGGCUCUGAGCUUGACCCCCACAAACUGGAAGUCCUGUUGGCCCUUGCUGAUGGCAAUGCUGAUGGAAAGAUCUGUUACCAGGACUUUGUCAACCUGAUGAGCAACAAGCGCUCCAACAGUUUCCGGAGGGCCAUUCUGCAGGGAAGCAGGCAGCUAAAAGGCUGCAGUCUCAGAGAUGAGGCAGGCUUAGGACUGUCCCAGAGGUUGGUCCGCCAUGUUGCCUAUGAGACCCUACCCCGCGAGGUCGACCGCAAGUGGUACUUUGACAGCUACACGUACUGUCCCCCUCCGUGGUUCAUCCUGGCUAUCACCAUUGCUGAGGUAGCUGUGUUCAUGUACUAUGGUUUGCAGUUGGACCGCUUGGUCUUGCAAGUGUCCAGUCCAUCCUUCCUAAAGAGCCCCCUACCUUAUCACCCUCAGCUACGAGCCCAAGCCUGGAGGUAUCUCAGCUACAUUUUCAUGCACACUGGGAUUGAACACCUGAGCUUGAACAUGGCCAUGCAGCUGCUGGUGGGUGUCCCUCUAGAAAUGGUCCACGGUGCCCUGAGAAUUGGACUGGUCUAUGUGUGUGGUGUGCUAGCAGGGUCUCUGGCUGUGUCUGUCACCGAUAUGACGGCUCCGGUGGUUGGCUCGUCUGGUGGAGUAUACGCCCUGGUCUCAGCACAUUUAGCUAAUGUAGUAAUGAAUUGGUCAGGAAUGAAGUGUCAGUUUAAGUUAUUCCGGAUGGCCAUGGCUCUGGUUUGCAUGAGUGUAGAGUUUGGUCGAGCAGUGUGGCUGCGGUUCUACCCUCCGGCCUUUCCUCCGUGCCCAAAUCCCAGCUUUGUAGCUCACCUGGGAGGAGUGGUGGUUGGCCUGACGCUGGGUGUAGUUGUUCUGCAGAACUACGAGCAGCGGCUCCAGGAGCAGUCCCUGUUUUGGAUAUUUUUCUGCGUCUACACCUUGUUUGUGCUCUGCGCUGUUUUCUGGAACAUUUUUGCCUACAGCCUGCUUGAUGUGCGACUGCCCCCACCACCAUGAGUUGCUUAUUAGAGGCACAGAAGACAUUGUAUCCCUUUUAUUCCUCCCAUGGUAGAUGCCUGACCGCCUGGCUGGAUGAGUCACCCCAGCCUUCACUAACUGAGCCUCAUCUUGGGGCAGUCAGAGUUGUCUGACAGCCCCUUUACUCCUACAUCCAGUACUCCGAUGCAAUGAUACUUGGCAUGCAGCAGCUGUCUAUGUUACGCUAAACUUUUUUGGACCCGUGAGCUACGUUUUCUGGUUAAGCCUUACCAUGGCUCCCACUUACAAUACAAGCUAGCCUCCACUUAUUCUUUCUCCAUCUCUGCUGGAUGUUUGUGUCAAAAGUAUCAGCCAGUGGUAUAGAAGGCAGAAACAGACCUGUCUUCAUGGCUUGACCUGCUCUGCCUCUUCUCCCUUGAUCCAAUGGUGCCUAUUCAUGGAGACAUUAGCCCAGUGAAAGUAUUUCUGCACAGCUGCCUAGACUGUAGGGUGACAGCAGUAAAACCCUACAAUAUGAACCAUUUUCCAAACAGAUCAGUUCCCAAAAGUCCAGUAAAUGAAGGAGAUCAGAUUAGAACGUAUUCUGAGCUGGUGUUUUGUAACAGGAUAGUCAGCAAAGGUGUGUAGGCAGUUUACCCUCAGAAGUUAUUAUGAAUUUACCUUUUGAAGGAGAGCAUGGGUUCAGUGUCGCCUUUGGCAUUUGCCACUUCAUCAGAGAAGGAUUAAUUUGUGUUCAGCACAAUUUCAACCUCAAACUUGUGUCUUUUGCGUGUUUGCGAGGAGUGCAGCAAAUUUAUCAUUGUGUGGGGCAGAAAGAAAAGAAGCAGAAGUGCCAUUCAUUCUUUAUGCUUUCAAAAAAUAUGCCAAAACAUUGCUAUUAGCAGCGAGAGCACAGCCCCAUAAUAAGUGUUGCUUUUAUUGAAGUGUGAAAUAAGUCUCAAUUUUGUCAGUUGAAUGUUAUAUUUUCUUUAACACAUGUUUUUACGGACAUCAAGUAUAGUCAAAUUAUUUUUGGGUUUAUUUGAAGCAAUUUUUGCAAAGGUAAAAAUACAAAUCUGCAAAGAGUAAAAAGAAGUUUUUUUAUUGAGGUGUAAGUGGGAUAAAACUCAAAAAAAACACACAGCAGUAAAGACUCUCGGGCCAUUCUGAAUAUUUUUUUUUCUCAUUACCAAAUGUAGACACAAACACAUGCCUGACCUCAAAUACAUCUGGGCUGGGGUUGUUUCCCUCUCAUUUCAGGAAGUAAUUGGGCAAAGAAAUCAAUGCUCUCUCAUUAGUUUCUGACACAAGUUAAUUUGUUAAUUGAUUGAACUGAGAUAGAAAGCGACCCCAGCCCUAAGCUGUAAGUCUUAAACUGUACUGUAUUUUAACCUGAUGUUACAGUGGUAACGGCUUGGCACAAACAUAAUGUAAUGUAAUUAAAUACAGAUUAAUAUUUUAACAUGUAUUUGUUGUUGAUUUUUUUUUUAAUUGUGAUAUUGCUAUGUUGUGUAAAUUGUUUUGGUUGGUCUACAUUGUGAUAUGUUAGCUAUAUACUGUAUGUGUCCUAUUUAAAAAUAGAUUAUUAAUGGCCUGGGAUUGUAUAUAAUAAGGGCUAUGGCACAGAACUGAAUGAGGGUUAAAUCACUGAUAUUUUAACAUUGUGUAUAUUUUCUAGAUUUGAUAUGUAAAUACUG